UGAGCACAUCUUCCCCCUGCUGGGCUGUUGCACGAGCCUACGCAUCUCUCUCUUGUACCAUACCCCCGGGCCUCGUCUACUCUUUCAACACCCUUGCUGUUGUACCCCUUACUCUUCUACGCGUACCUUCUGUAUCUGCUACUCAAUCCUCGUCUCUGUCGAGUUCGAGGAGCAUGACCGUCAUCCGUUCUGAACGUCCUACCGCCGUACGCCGCGGGUCGCUCCCGGUCGUCUGCGAGACGUUUUCCGACUUGCAAGACAGAAAGUCAAGACGAACUAAGUAUACCGGUGAUCAGCGUGACGUUCUUGAAGAUGUUUACAAUGGGGAUAUGUAUCCCAGCACGACCUUCAAGCGCGAGCUCGCGGGUCUCCUACAUUUGACUAAUAAGCAAGUUCAAAUCUGGUUCCAGAAUCGUCGGUCCAAGGAUAAAUUGGAGGCCGCUGCAGCUGGCCUCCCUGUUCCUUCACGCCGACGGAACAGCAGCGCGCGACUGCCGGUCACACCGAUUUCAUCUUCGUCCUCCUCUUCGUUUCAGCGAUCCCAUACGGAGAGGUCACUCCGCACUCUAUCAUCCUCAUCCUCCACGAGACCGAACAUGAACUUGCCUGCUUCUCCAGCCAAGACUGGCUCAGCCAUUCCAACGCCAUACUCAAACUUUCCCCUACUCCCACCUGCAGACUUGGUGUCGCAAGAGGGGGUUGUGUCGGAAACUGUCUCCGAGGAUGUCUUAGCUAGCCUGCAGCCCUUCCCGGGAACGUCACCCACAUAUGGACCUUCCACGCCAGCCUUCGGUCCCGGUGCCAUGCCUGCGACCCCGGCACCAGUUGGGGGAACGGUAUCGCCAACCGAAUCCCUGCAUCGCACGAAUUCUAUGCCCGCUCCAAUGUCUCUACCAACCGCACGUCCGGCUCCGAGGCGCACCGCGACGUCUGGUCUGUUGCAGCAGGGGUUACGUCCACUCCGACCCCCGAUGCUAUCCUUCGAAUCAUUCAAUCCUGAAUAUCGAUUGUCAGCACCGAUGUCAGCACCGGAUGUACGCCCAGCGACGAGUUCUGGGUUCCCAGUCCUCGAAUUGGCGAGUGCCGCGCAAAUACUGGAAGACAAUCGCCCUCUCACUAGCGCUGGGCUGAUCACGAUCGCACCUGGGGCUGAACCAGACACGCCUCCGGCCACAGUCUGUUCGUCAAGCUUGGCAUCCCCUAUUGCAAUUCGUGGUGUGCCAAACCGAUUGACCCUGACGAAGCAGUCACCUCCGGUAUUCGACAUGUUUGCCCACAAGGGCCUGCCUUCCCCCGUCGGAUCUGAAGGGCCCAGUCCUGCGCCUUCAGAGUGGAGCUCUGUGAGCUCAUUCUCUGGCGACUUUGAUUUCACCAAUCUGCAAGCAAGUUCAAUGCCGAAUCUCCCCUUGCCGCACACGCCCUUGCAACUCCCCACUGUACCCAUGAGUCACUACGCAGCAUUUUCACCCACGAGCACAGGCAGCUCAACUACGUCUCCCGUUAACACCAUUCCAUCGCAACCCUUCGGCUCGGCAUUCUUGUUCGACGACGAGAUGGCAUUCGAUCAGACUCUGUUGCCUCCCCUUGAGGAACCUGCCUUUGGUCUUCCUGAGCUGCCUAUGACUAUGUCACUGCCCCAGGAAACAGUUGAUUUCGAAAAUUUCAUGGAAGACCUUACUACCCCGUCUGCUUCCAGAGCAGACGUGCCCCCGGACUGGAGCAGCGCAUUCGCGAACAUUGUCCUGCAAGACGAGCACCUGCCUCACCACGCCAGCGCAUUCUCCUCUCAUGACAUGGCUGAUUCUCACCACCAUUCGAUGAUCCCCUUGGAGCAAGCCUCCGGUUUCUAGAUCGAUUUCGAACUUCGCAUGUAAUCUAGCAUUAGUAUAUAUCUUGCCUAUUCGCAUUGUAUCACAUUAGGUAGUCCCGCCGUUAUCGCGGCAUUUUCCCUUGCAAGCACACGCUCAUUAUUCUGUUUCUUGUCGCAAAGGUUACUCGGUAUCGUAGUCAAUCCAUGUAGUCGAGAGAUUUGUCUUCUGUCACAGCUUGAUUAGUACUGGACUAGAAUGGACAC